GGAGUUACAUAUUAUAUAUUAUAUAUCACAACUAUAUAUCAAUGGGUACCAUAUAUGUAUACAUCAUUUACGAUAAGACUUGUCAGCCUGCAAACGGUUUUCGUCGUCAACCGCGAGUCAUUCAUCGAUCGGGUCUCUCCUUUUUAACACGRCUUGGCCCCGCCUCCGUCACACGACUCCUGCAGGAGGCAGACGCGGAUUACGCGCGCGCGUGACGCCGGCGCCGACGCACAUACUCGGACCAGAGUCGUACUUACACGAGUUUCACGUGAGUGUGUGUGCGUGCAGAAAUAUGGUCAGAUCAUAUUAAUAAUUACGGCGCAAGUCUAAUGGUGUGCGUACAUUGUUGGUGUAACGGUGGUGCGCCGGACAUCGCUGGCAGCAACAGCAACAACAACAACAAUAGUGCGCGCGCUAUUUCUAGGUGUUGAUAAAACAUUACAAUAAUAACAAUAAUAUAAAAGUGCACGUAUGUAAUAUUGUGUAUCGAUGUGAUUUACUGAUAUAUAAGAAAUUCUGUAUACGGCAGCAAACACUAAACGAGCACGAUAUCACGUAUUUGCGUGCGUACAGAUAAUUAUUUUAUUAAAUCAGAUAUAAGAAGGUACUUCGAGGUGUAUAGAUAUUUGCGGUGUGGUUGAUCGUCAUCGCAACUGAAAUUCUUCGAAAUGGAUGAGAACCUGAGCAGGGGCUACGUAGCCCUGGGCAAACGCGGCAAUGUCUGUCCGCUGGCUACGCCUCCGGUAGACAAAAUAGGCAAGACUUACAUGGCCAUGGUGCUGGCGGGCGCUGGUUUUCUGUUUCCAUACAACAGUUUUGUCAUGGCUGUCGAUUACUUUCAAACCAAAUACCCUGUUUCGAUGGUAGUUUUCGACAUGACGAUUGUGUAUAUCAUGGUGGCGUUUGUUGCUGUACUCACCAACAAUCUGCUCGUCGAAACUCUGUCUUUCACUUGUCGCAUCAAUAUUGGUUAUGGACUGACGAUUUCGAUGCUAUUGUUUGUGGGCGCUGUGGAAAUUUUGUGGGAGGAACUAUUCACACUGGAUACGUCAUAUUGUCUUAACUUGGUAGCCAUUGGACUCAUUGCAUGGGGCGCGACAAUCCAACAGUCCAGUUUUUAUGGAUACACAAGUAUACUGCCUAUAAAAUAUACGCAGGCYGUCAUGAUUGGAGAAAGUGCUGCUGGGCUUUGGGUGUCUAUCAACAGAAUAUUCACGAAAAUGUUGACAAAGGACUUGCGAGUAAGCACGUUCAGUUUCUUCGUGAUUAGUCAUCUGGUAGUGAUGACGUCUUGCGUGUUGUUCCAAAUAGUGCAAUCGUCUGAUUUCGUAAAAUUUUACAUUGCCAGGAGUGAAGAAUCGAAGAAAAAGAUUUCAUUGGAACCAACAGAAGAAUACAUCGAUUCCGAACAAUCCCAACCAGAACCAUUUGCUGAAACUAGUUUGAGCACAGGAAAAAUAUUUAAAGACGAAAAUGCAUUUAGCUUUGCAAAUCCCAUGUAUGAUCCAAACGCGAAUAGCGUGCCAACGUAUAAAGUUGAAGACGUUAUGGUACACGUGGAAACAGGAAGUUCUUUUAAGCUACGAAAAUCCACCUUGUCCGGAUUUUGGRAUUCAUUUAAGAGCGGAUAUAAGUUGAGAAAAGAAGUGUCAAAGAUCAUAUGGAAACAAAUGUUGGCGAUUUUCCUAUGCUACUUCGUGACUUUAAGCAUAUACCCGGGAGUACUUUCCGACCUAGUCAGUCCAAGAUUUGGCACGUGGAUGCCCGUACUCGUGAUGACUGUAUUCAACUUAUUUGACCUUAUGGGGAAGUUACUGGGAGCUUAUUCGUACGAACGGUGGGAUGACAAAAUACUGAAGAGCACCAAAAACCGUCUGUUCAUGAUUCCCGCCAUUAUGGUAAUCGUAUUUGUUCAACAUCCAUUCCACACGAAAAUCAUCAGUGAAUUCAUGAUUGUCUUGCAAACGGCCGUGCUCGGUGUAACCAAUGGCAUCACCGGYAGYGUUCCAAUGAUAUUUGCGCCGGCAAAGGUCGUUGAAGAACGACGCGAACUUGCUGGUAAAUAUAAAAUAUCGUUGAAUAAGGACUUUUUUUUAAGUCAGAUUAAACUAUCAAACUCCUAA